AUAUAUGAUCCUGAUACCAAAGGCCUAUUUUUCACUUCACGUUUUUAUAAAUUUAAUUUAAAAUAAGGUUGUGAAUGAAUUUUGUGAAUGUAAGCAACACUCUGUUUACAUUGGAGUGUAAAAAAUGACAACAAAAACUUAUUAAAGUGGAAAAAAAUUAUGAGAGUUUUCUUAUUAGCCGACACACACCACAUACGAAAGCACGCUUGUCAUCCCAUAUAAACGUUAUGUGCAGCUGCAUCAUAGAAACUCGAUAAAACGAGUUAAGAAAAAUCGUGAGCUCCGGGCAUUGUGCAAAACACGAUUUACCAGGCAGGUAAAAUAAGUAAAAACCAGGUUUGUACUAUCUAUAAUUUUUAUUGUUAGAAUGACAAAUGAUAAACAGAAUAAACGUUGGAAGGGAGAGAGAGAGAAAAAAUAUAAAAAUGUUAACUUUUAAUUGCGACGGGAAUAUAACCGCUCCUUACGAACUGUCCGUGUUUACCUCUAGCACGUCAUGUGUAAUUGCAUUUUUGGGGAUUAUUGGCAACUUGGUGAUCAUCGGUGUAGUUUCGUUGGAUCCGUUAAAGAAACUUCAUACGCCCUUUAAUUUUUUUGUGGUGAACUUAUCAGUGAGUGAUUUGGUUCUCGGUGCAGUGUCUGUACCAAUCGCGGCUUAUGUUCACGCUUUGGAAGCUUUAAAAGAAGUUAACAAUGCCUAUUGGUAUGUGUUCCGAGGCUCUUUCUUUAUAUCGAUGACAGCAAGUAUUCUAAAUCUGAUCGCGUUAACAGUGGACAGACACAUUGCAAUCACAUAUCCCAUACAAUACCGUGCGUACCUAAGUUGGGGAAGAUGUUUCCUCAUAUCUGUAGGCAUUUGGGUUUUUGCUUUAACUGUACCCUUCUUAUAUCUUACGACCACCCUCUUCCGUUUCCUAAUGGUGUAUGUUAACUCUGGUAUCCUUGUCGCCUUUAUCACUUUUGUGAUCACUUACGUUCGAAUAUUAAAUUUCUUGAAAUCACAAAGCAAAACACUGAGAAAGAAGUUGAUAUCUUCAUCCGCAGAAAUCGACAAAUUUGAUUUGCAACGCGUGCACACGGAGAAGAAAAUCACACGUGCGUUAUUAACUGCUUUGUUUUUGUUUAUAUUAACAUAUCUACCUGCUUCUGUUAUGAUCUGUCUUUUGCAGUUUAUGAAGGUCGAGGUAGAGGACUGUACAAUGCGACAUGUACUUCGCGAUUUAUUGUUUUUAUUCAUCGCUUUAAACAGCUGUAUGAAUCUAUUCGUGUAUGCGAUUCGAUUAAAACCGUUUCGAAAAUCUAUCGUGGCAUUAUUGAGAUUUCGCAGAGAAUAAUUGUAGGAAGGAGUAAAGUAGUGUCUGAAUUUUUGGAGACUGUACAAAUAAUUUGCUGAAAGAGA